UUUGACCGCUNCCAUGAGGUUGGGUUCAGGUUUUCACUUGCUGAACUCCCUGAGAGCUGUACAGAAGAGGAGAUCUGUGAUGCAUUAUCAAAUUAUAACAAGGAUGCAUCAAUUCAUGGUAUUCUUGUGCAGCUUCCUUUGCCACAGCAUUUUGACGAGGGAAAGAUUCUGAAUGUACUAAGCUUAGAAAAAGACGUUGAUGGAUUUCAUCCACUAAACAUUGGGAACUUAGCCAUUCAGGGUAGAGAGCCAUUGUUCAUCCCGUGCACUCCGAAAGGCUGCAUCGAGUUACUGCUCAGGUCUGAUGUCGAAAUAGCUGGCAAGAGAGCUGUAGUGAUUGGGAGGAGCAACAUCGUUGGACUACCUGCUUUUUUGUUGUUGCAGAGGCACCAUGCAACAGUAAGUAUUGUGCAUGCAUAUUCAGAGAACCCAGAAAUGAUUACCCGUGAAGCUGAUAUACUUGUUGCAGCAGCUGGAGUGCCUAAUUUAGUCCGCGGUAGCUGGUUAAAGCCUGGAGCAGUUGUUCUUGACGUUGGAAUAAACCCAAUUGAGGACCUUGAGAGUGAAAAUGGUUACCGUUUGAUUGGAGAUGUUUGCUUUGACGAAGCAGUCAAGAUAGCUUCUGCAAUAACCCCUGUGCCCGGAGGUGUAGGUCCUAUGACAGUUGCAAUGCUUCUUCAGAACACCCUUGAAGCCGCCAAACGUGCACUUCAUCUUACUUGAUUUAAGGUGGAGGAAUUCCAAAAAUCUCUCAUUUCUUCCUCUCUAUUAGAAACGUGGAGAAGAAAUGAUUGAAAACUAGCCCGAGUUUUGCACAACCUCUGCAUUAUUGGACUUAUAUCUGGUGGACGAGUCUCUGCUAUUUAAUCAAUCCUGACAUAUUAGGAAGUUCUCAGUUCCGACUUCAAGGAAGCAGCAAUAGUGAACGAAAGUAGCAGCUUCAGUACGUAUGUGGGAUGACGUGCAAUAUAAUAUGAGAUUGGAGGCCUAGCGAAUAGUGCUAACAUAUCUACGUUUGGUUUCCAUAAUGCAGAAAGUUCUCUUGUAUGACUAACUAUAUUUGUGUAUACUGAUUUGCUCCUUCAAGGUUCCUUUUUUGCUCCUUAA